CUGAGUUCCAGCCCAGCAUAUCAGUACUCGUGUAUGAGCCCUGCCAGUCGACGAAAGCUGUGUCACAGAGCCGUGACUUGUUAGCUACUGUGUCAUCACUAUGUUCACCUCCAGGCACCCCGAAGACCAAUUCCGGUUGCGCAUGCACCGCGCGCGCAGUGUCGAACUGAGCAACGACGAACUCGUCGAGAUCCGAGCGGCCCAGCGGACAUUCGAGGGCGCGUACAUCCGAACGUCACUGUCCCAAUUCUCCUUCGCCCUCGUCGUCCUCAAGAUCUUCACCUCGGAAUUUUAUAGUAUAGGGGCAUUGUUCGCCGUCUACGGCGCGGGUGUGCUCUUGGUCAGCGCGUACCGCAGACAGCAGGGGAACAAACAGUUUUUCAAGGAGGUCGGCGACGACGGACUGGGCAGAAAGAGGUUCAGGACGAGUGGGAACGUGGUGGUCGUCUUAACGGCCUUGAGCGUGGCGGCGUAUAUCACGCUGCUGGUCCUGACGUUGAGACUCCGGAAUUGAAGAUUUGAAUGGAAAACGGGAAGUGAUGCUGCGCUCCUGAUGGACACAUCUUGACAACCAAAAAAACUCCUCAUCAUACAUACAUGGCCACGCACUGGGAAGAAGAGAAGAAAAUGGGACCUGGCAAGCAAGCCCCAAGGCCCAGCGCCUAGUGCCGAACGCCCACUGUCCACCCCAACCCCUAAUCCGCAAGUCAAGCGGACGAACAUUCAUCUUACAAACGACACGACACCCUAGAGCAACAUCACUCGACUUGGGACGAUAGGGAUGAUCCCCCCCUCCUCCCACCUAUAUCAGAGAAAGGUGUGGGUAACGAUGAACUGCCUUGCUGGCAUGGUCAAGUAUAAUUAUCACCCUCCUCAGGACCCAUUCAGGCGGAAUUACAGAGCUACAUACGUAAUAUGCCCGAAGCGAGUCGGACGAUCAGCUGCGUCCAACCGCAGGGGAGGCUCAUACCUUCGCGAGACCGAUCCGAUUAUGUAUGACGCCGAAUGGCAAUAUUUUACCGGAGAAGCACGACCUUGUGCAAAGAUACAUCCUCCGACUAGACAGUCACGAGUCUUCGCUCGAGGUUUGACUACCAGGUUUGUUUAAUAUGGCUCACGAUGACAAGCUGGCCCGUCAAGUGGCCUCGACUUUGGCAUGCGUGUAUCCAUACGCCUGUCACGAUAACAAAUGGCUUUAAGAAGGAGUAGUGAUGGGAAAGGCACAUCAGAGACUUAAUUUCUAGCCUUAUUCAUGUAUACAAUACCUACUUACAGAGUAUAACUGAAGCGAACAACCUUUUAGGGUCCAAGUUUGGUUUGUUCGAACUCAAUCUUUGCAAGACAAGAACCUUUC